AUUCAUUGUAGUUGCUGUGCCGCGUUGAGUUGCGGUGGUGAAUACGGAGCCGUAGAUGGAUCUGAGUUGGUGUUGCCACACCUCAAAAGUUCAUGGUUGCAGCAGUUUACAUUUUACUUGCAUGGUACUACGUUGUCAUUGGAUAAAAGAUUGUUGGCGCCUUAUUGUUUACCAAAGAUCUAUUUUGACCAUCGUCUCUAGCUUCCGUACAACUGUUCACGCGCUUCAUAAAAAGUUCACCUACAAUCCCUCCUUUCCUUUGUUGAGUGGAUCUCGCCUGGGCGUUCCUUCCUGUCUUUCCCCACACUCUACACUUGAGCUCUUAAUCCCAUUUCCAUCCCCACCUUCCAACCCGCCUGCAACUGCCUCCAGCUGCUUUCUUCAACCUCCUUCCCCACACUCUGCUUCGACCCCAGAUCUGCCUUGGCCCGGAUCAGUACCGAUUUCAUCGGGAAUCCUUCGUCCAUCUCCACAGCUGCUUCUCUCAAUCGCGCAAACAACUAUCUUGUCUUUGCUACCGCGUUCUACCCAAGUCAAGUAAACCAAAACAUUCAAUACAACCCGCCAAGUCAAUCAACAAGAUGGCCGGCGGAGGUUUGGUUGCGACGAGUGACCCGUCUCGUAUUGAGGCGCCAGUGACCUUGAAGGUAUAUUGAAUAGUUCGCUAGUGAUACGUAACUACAGCGACAGCUACUAACAUGAUAUUUACAGGGUUACUUGAUGUGUGUCUUCGCCUCAUUUGGUGGAAUCUUCUUUGGCUUUGAUUCUGGUUAUAUUUCUGGGGUCAUGGGAAUGCCAUACUUCAUCAAUCUCUACACCAACAAGCCAAUCCCAGGUCCAGAUGCCACCGACGCCGAAAAGAAGGACUUUGCGCUGCCAGCCAAGGACAAGUCACUCAUCACUUCAAUUCUUUCUUGUGGUACUUUCUUUGGAGCUCUCAUUGCCGGUGAUCUUGCAGAUUGGUAUGUGCAUAUUAGACCUAAUCCUAAUUCACUCAUCACAACCAAUACUCCCUCUCUGAAGGCGCUCUAAGCACAUGCCUAACUUUUCUUUCUAGGUUUGGUCGUCGUACUACGAUUAUCAUUGGCUGUGGUAUCUUCAUUAUUGGUGUCAUUCUACAAACUGCCUCCACUGGACUCGGUCUCCUUGUCGCUGGUCGUUUAAUUGCUGGAUUUGGUGUUGGUUUCGUGUCUGCAAUCAUCAUCCUCUACAUGUCCGAAAUAGCCCCCAAGAAAGUCCGUGGAGCUAUCGUUUCUGGCUAUCAAUUCUGUAUCACAAUUGGUAUUUUGUUGGCAUCUUGUGUUGAUUAUGGUACCCAAAAUUUCAUGAAUACAGGAUCCUAUCGUAUUCCUAUCGCUAUACAGAUGCUCUGGGCUCUUAUCCUUGCUGGCGGUCUCUUUCUUUUACCAGAGUCUCCUCGUUAUUUCGUCAGAAAGGGCAACUUGGAAAAGGCAGCACAUGUCUUGCACCGUCUUCGUGGUGAACCCGAAGGCUCGGCAUACAUUCAACAGGAACUGGCUGAAAUCGUCGCCAACAAUGAAUAUGAGAUGUCCGUUAUUCCUCAAGGCGGUUACUUCAGUACGGUAAGCAGCCUUUUUGCCUCUUGUCACUUCCGCAUAUUUGAAUUUUCAAGAAGGUUAUUCCUCACUUCGACUUUUUACCGCAUGAAUUAACACGAAGCUGAUAUCCUUGUAGUGGAUGACUUGCUUUUCGGGUGGUCUUAGUAAUGCAUCCUCCAAUCUGCGACGUACGAUUCUUGGUACUUCUCUCCAGAUGAUGCAACAAUGGACUGGAAUUAAUUUCAUUUUUUACUUCGGCACUACCUUCUUCCAGGAGCUUGGCACCAUCAGCAAUCCAUUUUUGAUUGGUUUGAUCACAACUUUAGUCAACGUCUGCUCAACUCCUCUCUCCUUUUGGAUUGUAGAGCGAUUUGGCCGUAGACCGAUCAUGAUUUGGGGUGCCUUGGGCAUGUUAAUCUGCGAGUUCAUUGUCGGUAUUAUUGGUGUUACAGCUGGACGUCCAAGUCAAAGCAACCAGUCUGCUGUUUCCGCACAAAUCUCAUUCAUUUGCAUUUACAUUUUCUUCUUUGCAACAACUUGGGGCCCUGGUAGGAAUCUCUUUGCUCUCUGACCCAACGACUGGCUAACAUUUCUUUAGGCGCAUGGGUGCUCAUCGGCGAGAUUUUCCCCCUCCCAAUCCGCUCUCGAGGUGUCGCUCUCUCCACUGCCUCCAACUGGCUUUGGAACUGUAUCAUCGCAGUCAUCACCCCGUACAUGGUUGGCACAAACAAGGGCGAGGCAAAUCUAGGUUCUAGAGUCUUCUUCGUUUGGGGAUCACUUUGUACCGCUUGUUUCGUUUAUGCGUUUCUGUUGAUACCUGAGACAAAGGGUCUCUCCCUCGAGCAAGUCGACCGCAUGUUGGAGGAAACUACACCCAGAACCAGUGCCAAGUGGAUCCCACAUACUACAUUUGCUGCAGAUAUGGGCAUGGUUGAUAAGACCGAAGAGUCUGCGGCAGUCAAAGAGGAGGGUGUUACUAGAGCAGAACACAAGGAUGUUGUUUAGGGUGAUCUUCUUACACUAGUAGCAUCAUUCUCAUUCCAUUCUUUCAUGUAGUACUUUUACGGAUGGGGUAAUAUGGAUGGUUGAUUGGUGGAUACAUUAAUGGGCGGAAUUUGCGGUUGAUUUUCAUACAAGCAGAAAUACAGGCAUUACUUAUGAUGGCAAUUGUAUGUGUGGAAAUGGGGUGGCGGGAAGGAAGAGGAGGAUAUACCACGUCAUCGUUAUUUUUUUCUGCUUGUGUUUUUUAAUGCUUGUGGUUAGGGUAGAUAGUUAAUCGGGGCUAAGUAGGUGAGAGAAUGGAAUA